AUGAGCCAAUUUGGAGAACCUAUCAAUGACAGAAAGGAUCACAGAUUUGCCAGAGGAGACAAGAAAGCCACUGACAAAAUCAAGGGCAAUAUGCGACCACGGACGACGUGGUAUGGGAAAGGACUUAAAAUUAUGUUAUUUGGAACAAACUCAGAGAAGAAGGUGGCACUCUGUAACUUUAUUGUGAAGAAAAAAACUUCCCAUCGUUCAAGUGUAAUUCAAAAAAGGGUAGUUGUCCAAGGAGGGUGGAGAGGAAAACCUUUAACAGUAGUGAAAACUCCCGACUUCUUAAGUCUGUCUCUGAAAAGAGUGAUAGAAGAGAUGAAGAGCUGUGUGAGUCUCUGUCCUCCUGGACCAAAUGUUCUGCUGCUGAUGGUGAAACCUUCUGAUUUUACUGAAGAGAAGAGAAAAAUUCUUAAAUUCAUCCUGAGUUUUCUUGGUGAGGAUGCCUUUCAACACUCCAUGGCGAUCAUCACAGAUAAAGAGGAGACAAAUUAUUCUGUUACAUCACUCCUCAGAGACUGUGAAGGUAGACACUACAACAUGAUUGAAAAUAAUCGGGAACAGUUAAUGGAGAAGAUUGAGAACAUGCAGACUGUCCUCAAAGGAAAAUUCCUCACAGUCACUGAAGAG